GUCCCUCUUGCCCUGGUGCUGCACACGCCCCUCAGGCAGCAUUGCAUCGCUCCCCAUUGCAAUGGUGGAUUCCUUCAUUCGCUUCACAGGCAGCCUUCGGUCGUCAACCAACACCCAGUGACUGUCCCCCCCUCGAGCUUCCCAAGUACGGCAUUCGCUCAUUCCAGCGAUGUACCAAGUCCGCAGUGAUCCAUCCGAUCCCUCCAAGCCCUCCCUCCCCUCCCUCUCCUCUCACCACAGGACCGCUGCAGUGCGAGGCGGCCAACCUGCAUCCCGCUAUCCCGUGCUUGCCGAGUCAACACGGCAGCAGCAGCAGGCCACCGACAAGGCCAGCAGCAACCUCCCCGUCCCCCGCCUCCCCCUCUCCCGUCUGCCCCCUGCGCAGGGAACAUCCGACGGCCCCGCCCCUCCCAUUCACGCUGCUCUCCAUGGCGCCAACCUCGUCAACGCGUCACAAGUGGCCGACACCAGCCAGACAGCGAGGCACGGCCGGGCAAAAGCACCGGACGGCAGGAGUCCCAGAGUGCUGAAUGCCACCCAGGCUCAGGCGGGAAGCGUGUCUGCCCGUCCGUCGUCGAAGGGCGUCACAGCCCAAGGCCAGACUGGCGUAGCUGUCGCAUCCAGUGGCGAGACGGGAGGCGGUCCCGCGAGGACGUCUUCCCUCGCGUCCACCACCACUGCGGGGGCUGGCACGGGAAGCGCCAGAGCUUCGCCCACACAUGACAAACAGGUGAGACAGACGACGGAUGGACACUCAUUGGAGAGAGAAGGAAGGAGGCGUUGUCCCUGAUGCUUGCUUGGGUCGUGCUGGGUGUGCAGGGCGGGCUGUUGGCAAAUGAGAAGCUGCCGUUGACCCCUGGGAAGGUGCUGAAGAACUACAUUCAGUUCCUCAGUGAAUACGAGCAGGGAGAAAUACUCGACUACCCACAGGCAAACAGACAGAAGAGAAAGCGCCGCAAUCGAUGCAGGCACAUUGCCCAUCUCGGGGGGUCGGUCUGUCAGAUAUGGUAUUUUGGGGCGGGGGCCAAUAAGGUGAGGGGAACGGCCUCGUCAUCCGGCAACCACGGGUGGGUCAUGGCCACAAACACACACACGCACACAGACACGUGAAUCGGUGCGGUGCAGAGGCUCCUUCCUUCUCCUUCCUUUGUGUGUAGGUAUGAUGACGAGCGGGGCGAUUACCAGACGGUGCCCCACGACCACAUCCUCUACAGAUAUGAUGUAAGGAAGGAAGGCUGACAGACACAGACUGACCACCCACUUAAGCGGCCUUCUGAAUGUCCGUCUGUUGAGCAGAUUCUGAGUCCGCUGGGCAAGGGAUCGUUCGGGCAGGUGGUCAAGGCCUAUGACCACCGCACGCACCAGCACGUCGCCCUCAAGAUCAUCAGGAACAAGAAACGAUUCCACCACCAGGCAAACGAGACGUGAUACACACGGACCGAUCGGCUCUCAUGUCCGUGUCUCCCUCCCUCCCUCCCUCCCUGUCUGUCUGUCUGUCUGCCUUUCGUCUCACAGGCCUUGGUGGAGGUGAAGAUAUUGGAGCAUUUGCGCGACCGAGACGACGGCACGGCCAACAUAGUGCAGAUGCUCGACUACUUCUACUUCAGAAACCACCUGGUAUGUCUGUACGCAGGAAAGGAUCGAGCGCUCACGUGUCAAAGGAGGUGUGUGGUGUGUGGUGUGGUGUGCAGUGCAUCACCUUUGAGCUGCUGAGUCUCAAUCUCUAUGACUUUCUCAAGAACAACAACUUCCAGGCACGACCACACGAGACGCCAUCUUCCAGCAAGCCGAGCGGGUCUCUUCUCUCUAUUUGUGUGUGUGUCAGGGUUUUUCGCUUUCGCUGAUUCGUCGGUUUGCCAUCCAGCUGCUGCAGUCACUGCGAUACCUCAGGAAACAUGUGAGCCCAUCCCAUCAACACACACACGCGCGGCUCUUCCUGCCAUCACGACGUCUCUGUGUGGCUGCAGCGCGUGAUUCACUGCGACCUGAAGCCCGAGAACAUCCUGCUCAAACAGCCAAACAAAUCGGGCAUCAAGGCAAGCGCACAGGGCACACACAGACACGCAGAUACAGCCGGGCAACCUGUGCGUCCCUUGUCAGGUGAUAGACUUCGGCAGCAGCUGUUUUGAGGACGAGAGGGUCUACACAUACAUCCAGUCGCGAUUCUACAGAUCGCCAGAGGUCACCACCAAGGACCCACAAUGGCCGAACAGACAAAGGAAGGAUGGCUGGUGCUUUUCGUCCUCUGUGUGUGUGUGUGUGUGUGGCUGCAGGUGAUAUUGGGUUUGCCGUAUGACAUGGCGAUCGACAUCUGGUCGUUCGGAUGCAUACUCGCAGAACUCUACACCGGUCCGUCUGUUCGCCCUCCGUCGACAGAUGCAAGUUGAACCAACCUAUCCAGCAACGACGUACCUGUCUGCUGUGGUAGGUUAUCCGUUGUUUCCUGGCGAGAAUGAAGUCGAGCAGCUCGCGUGCAUCAUGGAAGUCAGCCACCCACACACACACAUCCUGGCCAUCCAUGUCUCCACCCAUUGAUCGAUGUGUAUCAGAUCCUGGGGACCCCUCCCUCCUACCUAUUGGAAAAUGCCACGAGGCGAAAAAUGUUCUUCGACUCAAGGUUUGUCGCGUGCCCGCGGAAGAGCCCUCAUGAGUGGCAGGAGUCGGCUUGGCUCGUGUCGUGCGUUUUGUUCAGUGGUGCUCCCCGUCUGAUGCCGAACAGUCGCGGCAAGAAGCGGCGGCCGGCCACCAAGGACUUCGCCAUGGUCAUCCGCAGCUCUGAUCCCGCCUUCGUCGACUUUCUCAGUGUAAUGAAUGACGGCUGGACACGUCGGGUGAAUGUGGCUCACUCACUCUAUCUGUGUGCAGGUGUGUCUCAAGUGGGAUCCCGCUGAGCGUCUGCUGCCGGAGGAUGCGCUGCACCACCCAUGGAUACUCGAGGGAUACCACCCACAGAAAAACAUCACACAAACGGUAAGACCAUACAGAGAGAGGGAGGGAGGGAGGGAGGGAGGGAAGGAGGGAGAGACACCCUCCACGAGUCACCCAUCUUUGUCAGGACCACGGCGCCACGAGCAGUGCCUACAGCCACCAUCCAGGUUCGUCAGCCAAGCGCAGGCGAGACAAGUCACACAAGCCUGCUGCCGCCGCUGCUGCCGUGGCUGCUGGUGACGGGCCGUCCUCCCAGUUCCUCCCGCCCAUCGAUGACACCGGCAGCACAGCAGGAGUUGCCAUGGGCACACAGGCGAGAGAAAGGACGACGAAUGUGUCAUGUCUCGUUGUCUCGUUUGUUUGUGUGCAUGGGUGUGUUUGUGUGGUUGGGUGUGCAGAUGAGCGUCAAGGUGCGUGGGCGAGACAAGGGCGCGAUGGCGGCCGGUUCGCAUUUGCUGCCGACGCAUAUCGGCGAGGACAAGCUGCAGCACCAACAUGGAUAAGGCGGCAGUCGGGGGAUGGAUGGAUGGAGACAGAGGGAGAGGGGUCUACAGAGGCUUCAUGGCGUGCAUGUUAAUGUGCGUGUUUCGACGACGUUUGCUGCGGUUGUGUUUGGUGUGUGUGUGGUGACUGAUCCCUUGACUUCGCUG